UAAAGUGUGGACUCAGAUUCUAAUGUAUUGAGGAUGUUUGUCGCCAAUAUGUUACGGUGCAAUGUUGGAUUGAUCAUAUUGCUUUAAUCCACUUGUUGCCUCCCCCAACCCCCCUACCUCCCACCCCAUGUCAGCUCUUCCCUAAAUUAUGGACAUUUUUUGGAAGACGCUGACUUGGAUAUUGAGCCUGGUCUUGGCCGCUGCUGAAUCUCAGAUCCUCUCAUACAACUCUCAAGCGGAAUUCCUGUCCACGCUGGAGCACUACCAGCUAACAGUACCGGUGCAGGUGAACGAGAAGGGCCAGUUCAUGAGUUAUACUGUGAAGCAUCAUAGACCCGGUCGGCGGCGACGUGGACUUGACCAGACUGAGCCAGACCACACCGAGAUCAGGCUUUUCUACAAACUCUCAGCCUACGGGAAGCACUUUCACCUGAAUCUAACGCUGAACCCCAACCUGGUUUCAAAACUUUUCACUGUAGAAUAUUGGGGCAAAGACGGACUGGACUGGCAGCAUUCUUCGGUGGAUAACUGCCACUAUGUUGGAUACCUACUGGAUCAAUAUAGCACUACAAAUGUGGCAUUGAGCAACUGCAAAGGCUUGCAUGGUGUCAUAACCACAGAAGAAGAACAGUAUUUAAUAGAGCCAUUACAAAAUAUAACCAAACAAUUCAGUGAUGUGGACCACGAAGAUGGACAACCACACGUUAUUUAUAAAAAGUCUUCCAUUCCUUCUCCACAAGAGCACAGCGAGGAGUUCGGCUGUGGUGUUUCAGACCUCACUAUAAACAGUACACCCUGCUACCAAACCAGUCCUGCUAUAGACUCGUCUUAUCCGGCCCAGGGCGGCGACAGCUCGACAGGUGUCCACCGACAGCGGCGCUCUGUCAGCUCAGAACGCUUUGUGGAAACCCUGGUGGUGGCUGACAAAAUGAUGGUUGGCUAUCACGGUCGCAAAGACAUUGAGCACUACAUCCUGUCUGUGAUGAAUAUUGUUGCCAAACUUUACCGUGAUGCCAGUCUAGGAAACGUUGUGAACAUUAUCGUAACCAGACUGAUUAUUCUGACCGAAGAUCAGCACAACCUGGAAAUAAACCACCAUGCAGACAAAUCUCUGGAUAGUUUCUGUAAAUGGCAGAAAUCCAUUCUUUCUCAUCAAGGAGACGGAAACAGUAUCCCAGAGAACGGGAUAGCCCAUCACGACAACGCUGUUCUCAUCACAAGGUAUGACAUCUGCACAUAUAAGAACAAACCCUGUGGGACCCUUGGUUUGGCGUCUGUAGCUGGAAUGUGUGAGCCGGAGAGGAGCUGUAGUAUUAAUGAAGAUAUAGGCCUGGGCUCAGCCUUCACUAUUGCACAUGAGAUCGGACAUAAUUUUGGCAUGAACCAUGAUGGCAUCGGGAACUCCUGCGGGACCAAAGGUUACGAGACAGCCAAGCUGAUGGCAGCCCAUAUCACGGCCAACACCAACCCGUUCUCCUGGUCAGCCUGCAGCAAGGACUACAUCACCAGCUUUCUGGACUCAGGUCGGGGAAUGUGUCUGGAAAAUGAGCCUCUGAAACGAGACUUCCUGUAUCCCACUGCGGCUCCAGGGCAGGUGUAUGAUGCAGAUGAGCAGUGUCGUUUCCAGUAUGGUGCUUCCUCCCGGCAGUGCAAGUAUGGGGAAGUGUGUAGAGAGCUCUGGUGCCUUAGCAAAAGUAAUCGCUGUGUCACCAACAGUAUCCCAUCCACAGAAGGAACCCUGUGUCAAACCAGCAGCAUUGAAAAAGGGUGGUGCUAUCAGGGUGAGUGUGUGGCAUUUGGGACAUGGCCACAGAGCGUUGAUGGAAGCUGGGGACCUUGGACCUCCUGGGGCGAGUGCAGUCGGACCUGCAGCGGUGGUGUCUCCUCAUCCAUGCGACAUUGUGACAGCCCAGCGCCGACAGGCGGAGGGAAGUACUGUCUCGGAGAGAGGAAACGCUACAGAUCGUGCAACACUGAUCCUUGUCCAGCAGGAUCACGUGACUUCAGGGAGAAGCAGUGUGCCGAUUUUGAUAACAUGCCUUUCCGUGGGAAGUACUACAACUGGAAGCCAUACACUGGAGGUGGAGUGAAGCCCUGCGCUCUGAACUGUCUUGCCGAGGGUUACAACUUCUACACCGAGCGUUCUCCCGCAGUGAUCGAUGGCACGCGCUGCCAGGCGGACUCUCUCGACAUAUGCAUCAACGGAGAGUGCAAACACGUUGGCUGUGAUAAUAUCCUUGGCUCGGAUGCUAAAGAGGACAGAUGUCGGGUGUGCGGAGGUGACGGCAGCACGUGUGAGGUCACAGAGGGCUUGUUCAAUGACUCACUACCUAGAGGAGGUUACAUGGAGGUCAUCCAGAUACCAAAAGGAUCCGUUUAUAUUGAAAUCAGGGAAGUCACCAUGUCAAAGAACUACAUCGCUUUGAAAUCAGAGGGAGAUGACUAUUACAUCAACGGAGCCUGGACCAUUGACUGGCCCCGCAAAUUUGAUAUCGCAGGAACAGCCUUUCACUACAAGAGGCCGACGAAUGAGCCCGAGUCGCUAGAGGCUCUAGGAGCCACCACAGAAAUUUUGUUUGUUAUGGUGCUAUUACAAGAACAGAAUCUGGGCAUCCACUACAAGUUCAAUGUGCCCAUCCAGCACACUGGAAGUGGAGACAAUGAAGUGGGCUCUUCCUGGCACCACGUGCCCUGGUCUGAGUGCUCGGCUACAUGUGCGGGAGGCUUGCAGAAGCAGGAGGUGGUUUGUAAAAGGUUGGAUGAUAAUUCGGUAGUACAAAACAGCUACUGCGACCUGGACAGCAAACCGCCCGAGGACCAACGACCCUGUAACACAGAGCCAUGCCCUCCUGAAUGGUUUAUUGGUGACUGGUCAGAAUGUGGAAAAACUUGUGAUGGAGGCAUCCAUACACGCACUGUUUUGUGUAUACGUAAAAUUGGACCUGCCGAGGAAGAGACAUUGGAGGACAGCCUCUGUCUGACCCAUCGACCAAUAGAACAAGAGUCCUGCAAUAAUCAGUCCUGCCCACCUCAGUGGAUCACUCUGGAUUGGUCUGAGUGUACACCAAAGUGUGGACCUGGCUUCAAACACCGCAUCGUUCUGUGUAAAAGUAGCGACCUGACCAAAACCUUCCCACCUGCCCUCUGUUCUGACCACAAUAAACCUCCAGUCCGUAUUCGCUGUAGCCUCGGUCGCUGUCCGCCCCCACGCUGGAUACCUGGAGAAUGGGGACAGUGCUCCGCACAGUGUGGACUGGGACAGCAGAUGCGGAUGGUUCAGUGUCUGUCAUAUACAGGACAGCCCUCCAACGAGUGCCCUGAUUCAUUGCGACCCAAUACCAUGCAGCAGUGUGAAAGCAAGUGUGACUCUACACCCACCUCAGGUGGUGACGAGUGCAAAGACGUAAACAAGGUGGCAUAUUGCCCAUUGGUGCUGAAGUUCAAGUUCUGCAGCCGUGCGUACUUUAGGCAGAUGUGCUGCAAAACGUGCCAAGGACACUGACCCCGAGGAGUGAAGCAGAGACAGAUGCCGAAAAAAAGGAAGGAGAGAGAGAACCGGGCAGAGGAAAAAGCAAACCAGCAUUGUUGGUGUCAGCGCUGGGCACUCUCUCUUUCUCUUGCUCUCUUCACUUAUACACACAUUGACAUACAACAGCUUUUGUAGCCCUGUGGAACCCUAAUCACUGCUCAGCACUGUGCUGACACCUUUGUUGUAUUUUCACUUCUGUGAAGUGGGAAUGUAUAAAAUGAUCAUUAUUGUUGUUAUUUUUAUAAUAAUAAUAACAAUUGCUAUUGGCUAUUAUUAUUAUUAUCGAUGUCUUUCUGUUGUUAUAAUCCAAAGUGCUGGACACAUCAUUCGUAGGAGGUAGCAAGGCAGAGAUUUCCUUCAUGGCACCCAUGCACAGAAGACCUGACUGUUUUUUCCCUAGGUCUCAUGUACACACUACUCCCACAGAUUUGUUGGCAACACUGCAUUGGGGGCGUUCACAAUGACGGUGUCAUUCAGAUAAACCCGAAGUCAUACAUUUUCAAUGUGAGUUAGCGAUUUGAGGCGACCUGAGCCCAGACACAACAAAGUUGAGAACAGUUCAACUAUCUGCAUGUUCAAUGACUACGAAUGGGAGGUAGAAAAUUAUGUGACCUGCUGCUUGAUAUGGUUGAAUACUCCAGUCAAGUAGUAAAACCAACUAGCAACCAACAGUACAACGACUUGGUGACCUCCAGCGAUUUAAUUGCUGUUAAUCAAUACAUUUACAUGCACUUUUGAAAGUUACAUUUCAGUCUAAAACAAUAAUUAGCCUUUUUAAAAUGCCAUGUAAACACUUUAGUCUGACUAAAUCACUGAAUUCGGACUAACAGAUCUAGGUAAUGCCAUUGUUGCUCAGCUUUGUCCAGCAUGUAUUCUCCUUUUUCUUGAACAUGGAAGUGUCCCGAUUUAUACCAGAACACUGUUUUCUUUGUCCAGUCUUCUGUGUCUGUUCAUAGCAGAUAAUGUGAUGUUUAACGUAUUAAAUGUGUAAAAAUUGCCUAAAAAAAGAAUGUAACUCCAAAGUGAUGAUACUUUUUACAGUAGGUAGAUGACAUAAUACUAUAGCCCGCGGUUAAUUCCAUUGAAUUCAUUUACUAUUUCAGAGUUGUUAUAGCCAAUAACUGCACAGGUUUUUACAUUACUUGUUCUGGAGACUAAACCAAAAAACAGUCCAGCAGUAAUCAGAAUCAUAAUCCCGUCACCUAGUGGUCGGUCAGGAAAACUGUGACCUCGACACUGUGCGCAUGCUCCAAAAGAGAGAGGUGAUGCGCGAUGUGUAUUUCACCCAGCGAAUUUCACAUCCAUCCAUUUGAUUACACUCGGUGUCACGUGUACUUGGACUGACGAAGAUGAAGAAUGUAGCUCGAUUACAAAAAACACAAGAGUUGUUUCAUAAUGAGAUUCAUGGUGUGCAUGCAGUUUUAUCGCAAACGAUAACUUGGAACUUCUGUGCGGGUCUUUGACAUUUAAACUGAUUAAUUUGGCUCACGCUUUUAUCCAAAGCGACUUUAUGUGCUUUCAAGGUUUACAUUUUAUCAAUAUGUGCAUUGCCUGGGAUCGAACCAAUGACCUUUGUGUUGGUAGCACCGUGCUCUAUCAAUUGGAAAGUGUAAACCUAUACCUAAAGCCCUAGUCGCCACUACUUGAAGAAAAACAGGGUAGUAAGAAUGAGCUCUGUGGUGCUAAAAUCUCAAUUCGAGCUUAAGUGUCCAGAUGUUCAGUUGUAGCCACCUGUUUUACUAAGCUGAAUCACAUGGCCAUGGGCCAAAGAAUUCCACUGUUGUCUGACAUUUGAACAAGGCCUGAAAAUCAGAUCAGCUCACACCUCCAAAAGGGACGUCUCAAGUAUUGUGUCUUUAGAAUUAUUAUGGACACCGGAGACAGGCAUUAAUUGCGACUCUGACGUGAUUCUGCUAUAAAUUGUGCAGCUCUGACAUCUGUAAGUCUGUUCCGGGGCCCAGAGUGUUCCAGACGCCAUAAUUUCCUUGUAAAAUGUGUGCUGUGACCAUGCUUCACCACAUUAUCAGCAAUAUAUGCAGACAAUUCAUCAGCUUAGUGGUGUCCAAGUAGGUUUUAGAGAUCUCCAUGUAUGCAAUGCUGAUCCAUAAGUAAAGUUAAGUGAAGGGCCAGUAUCUGGGUAAACUGCCAGACCCCACGGAUCCAGUCUGUGAUCGACUACCUCCAGAACACCCCCUCUUCCUCCUUCCCUGUGAUCGCACUGCUUCCAGCCCGCAUUCUUAAAGAGAGAAGACCUCAAACCCUCCAAAUUCAAUGGUGCUUGUCUUCCUGCAGCUGAGGACUGUUUGUUCCGCUGCUUUCCUUCCUCUCACCUUUUGUGUGGCUGGAUCAUCUGGCUUUAUUGUGCUACGAGACCUUCAUGCACUCUGAUCUUGAGGUCUAAGUAACUGACUGAAAACUAAGGACAGUUUAUGUCUGUUUCAAAACUUAAUGAGCUCUGUACCUAGAUAGAAUUUCCAAGAUUUUAUAGGCCAAGUUUGAAACCUCCAUUUUCAGUUUUCCGACGUCAAGUAUUCAGUUAUGGAGAGCAUUUUCGAGGGGAAAACGUUGUCCUAGUGUGAAUUAUAGCCGUAAACGUUGCAAAAUUAAUGCGUUUUCAAGCAAAAACGUAUUAUUGUUGACAAGGCCAUAGUCCUGCUCUCAAUGCAAAGGUUGUUCCAAAAGAUAGAUACCUACCAUCUUUUGGCCAAAUAGGAACCCUCAGAGCCACAGCAUUGCAGAGUUCCAACAUAGAGUAUUAUUAAUUGUUGGUCGAGAAACAGACCAAAAUGUAAGUCCUUGUUCACGUAUUCAUGAUUAUAGUGAUUCUUCAGAAAGAUUAUUCAGCAAUGCUGAUAAUAAAUGACAUUCAAUAUCAAAAAUAUAUCAAUAAAAAGUACAAUCUAAUAAAAAAAAUAGACUAUUUUAACCAAUUUUUGUAAUACAGCAUUUGUGUCAUUAGCUUAGCAGCAUGCUAACUUUAUUGGAAUCAGUUGCUGGUCAGCUAUGAAAUGCGCUAUUCGCUACCAAUAUAAAACUUUCCAAAUCAGUCACUUGCAAGGUUCUAUUUUGCCUAUUGAGUUUUUGGAAUAGAGUCUUUCUUUUUUACACUGGUUUAAGCUUUUGUAAACAUUCCUGCAACUAUCUUUUACCACAAUUGGGUGACUGAUGCAGUCUUAGCAAAGGGAACUUAGGAAUUGGGUGCCACAGUAUUAGAGCUCACUUCAGUUAUGGGGCACAACAGACAGAUAGUUAGAAAGAGGAGUUUAGGAGACAUUCGUUACCAUUUUUAAUCAUACAACCAUUCUACUUUUGCUGCUGCUACUUUUUUUGUAGCCACAAACACAACAUUAAUCAAUGAUGUAUUGUUAUGAAAUGUUUAAUCUGAGAUUAUUCAACAGUGAACAGUGGACAUGUAGGCCCAACGAGCUGAGCAUCCUAAAAUUGUGCUUUGAAAAUCCUAAGGCUUGAAGUGCAAGUUUACUGGCUUUGGAACAUGGAGGCAAGAGACUCUCAAUAAGACUCAAUGGAACUCAAUGGAACAUCGCUGUGAACUUGUGUCUUUGAAUGUCACAUCGUUUAACCUGUACCUACAGAAGAGAGUUUUGCAUUUUUGUGAAUAGUUGCUUAUAUUUUAUAUUCAGUAUUAAUGUUGGUACACUGUUACUAAUUUUUUUCAUAUGUAAAUUAUAUGCUAAUUUAUUGCCAUUUGUCACUUGUUUUAUGUACGUUUCACUGCAUGCAAACUGAAAUCUAGUCUAGUGUAAACGAUGCAGUGAAAUAACACCUUUCACAGUCUGUUUUAGUCUCUGUAAAAAUGUGAGUUUGAAUGUGUCUUUCUUGCUACUAGAGCAUUUUUAAAACUACAUUUUGUGUGAGUUGAGCGUUUGAGUGCGUGUGUGUCGGUAUGGUAUUACUGCACUGUUCUCGAGCGCCAGUGCUCACGAAAAAUUAUAAUAAAUAAUGGUAAAUGAUGUUAAAUGGUAAAAAAAAAAAAAAGAAAAAAAAAAAAAGAGAUAUUCCCAUAAUAACUUUAACAUUCUGAGGCCUUUUGGCUUGUAUCAUUGGUGAAUCCUACGAUAUGUAAUGGAU